CUCAAUUAGAUUUGUGGGGCAGAUUUUCCCGCGCCCUUUGGCGCAGUUGUGGCCCAUUUCUCCGCCCUGCCUCAGCCCCCCAGAAGACGAAUUUCAUUGAAAAACAAUUGAAAAAGGAAGAAGAAGAACAGACCCUGGACUGGGGGUGGGGCUGUUCCAGCUGUUUGGACGCCGGCGCCUUCAGGAUUCUGGCGUCUGGUGCGUGUGCCGUGUGGAAUGGGGCCUGCUCCACCUCUGCCUGUACCGGCCCCGCGACCCCCUGCGUAUUGCCUGCCGCCUUCCUGCUGUUCUCGCGCCAGGAGCACAUUGGCCGCAUCUCGACCGAGUACAAGGUCAACAACGGGGGCUGCUCCCACCUGUGCCUGGCCCAGCCCGGCAGACGGGGCAUGACCUGUGCCUGCCCCACCCACUACCAGCUGGCCAAGGACGCCAGAGGAACAGCUUCGGCCGACUGCUGCCGAACACGACAGACUGCCCGAAUGUGCCGAUGCCAGUGUCCGGCAAGAAUAUCCGCGCCGUGGACUAUGAUCCGAUCUCGCAUUACAUUUACUGGAUCGAAGGCAGGAGUCACAGCAUCAAGCGAUGCUGUGAGGUGAGCCUCUUGGCCAACUCCGGACAGCCGUUCGACAUUGCAAUCGACAUCAAUGGGCGGCUGCUCUUCUGGACCUGCUCCUAAUCCAACAGCAUUGGUCACAAAAAUGUGACACAAUUGUGUUCCUAAAACGUUGCCUCU